AUGGAAACUUUAUCAUCUGCUGAUAUUCAGCAGGAGACUGUGCAGCCUGAGACUCAAAAUAGUUUACGUGAAAUUUUGUUUGAGUUGCGAGGACAAAAGUCGCAAAUUAAUUCUCUGAAAGACGAAGUUCGCGGACAGUCACUUGCUGUAGAUGAAGUUAAAAAGUUGAAAACCACUAAAGAAAUUCCCAGGAAAUUUAGUGGAAACCGGCUUCAGUUUGAAUUUAAUUCCGAGUUGGAGGACAGUGUGAAGCAGAUUUUGUGGGCUAUAGGAAAUGUGAAAAUUGAUUACGCAAAGGAAAUGCUGGCUGGCAUUGCGGAUAAGCUCCACGUAAGAAACAAACACAUACGUAUUGCUGAUACUUCCGAAGGAGGCUGGGAGACUGUGCGCCAAUAUCAGUCAAACCCAUUGGCGAGUGACUCUGACGACGAGUCGCGCAUUCUCAAGGCGGACUCGCGAGCAGUGCGGAAACGUAAGCAGCAGAAACCCAAAACGAAGGCUAAAUCACCAGCUGUAGCUUUGGGGUACACGGACAGCAUGGCUCUGGCGCGCAGAUUUGCUGGUACUUCCUCUACGUCGCAAGCGCAAUCCGGGGGCGGACAUUCGUUUCGUGGCUACCAGGGGUUUCCCAGCAACAGAGGACAGCUUGGACCCUGCUUCGGAUGCGGCGAGUACAACCACGUGCGGCGCACGUGCCCGUAUACAAGGUUUGGGGGAGCUCAGCAGGGACAGCAACAGACAGAGCAGCCCGGCAAAAAAUGA